CAAUGAAACAUCCUUGACAGAGACAGGUAAUUUGCCAAGUUUUGAAAAAUCGGACAGCCUUUGAGAGGUAUUUAUGGUCGUUAGUCUUUGCCGUGUUGAAACAGUCAAACCACCAACUGACUAGCUGCAGCUGUUGGUGUGGCUGCGGCUGCCAUAGCAACCGCUGAAGAAACACUGACAGGCUAGCGGUUGUUUGUUGUGUUAGCCUCAAUCAUGACGUCGAGCCGAGUAGUGUGUUCAGUUUAGCGACAUCUACCCAGUUAGUAUCAUAACCUAAUGCUACGUCCUGGCGCCAUUACUUAUUCUUCUUACUAGCAUUAUUGUUCUUUGAGCUUUUAUCAGGCUGUCGAUGAUGUCAGACUGUUGUAUCGUCUUACUGUUGAGUUCAGCUAACUUGACAAACGGAUUCAGCUUGAACUAGUAUGGAUGUUGAUGACUGUAAUGGCAGAUCCUAUAUUUCAGGUAGUGGGGAGUCAUCACUGGAAAGAGAGUUUUCUGGGAACCUUGGAGGUCCAAAUGUAAGCACCCCAAAUAGCAAGGACAACUCUCCUAGACGGUCUCUAAGUGCCAACUCUAUUAAAGUGGAGUUGUACAGUGAUGAAGACCUAGGACGCGGUAAUGAAGAUGAAAGAAUUGAGCGGAUAGAUGAUGGAGGUUCAGGACAGGGAUCAGAGUCUGGUGGAGGCUACAGGGAAGUCAUGAACCCUGAGACCAUGGCACCUGGAGCCACCAGACUGCCGAACGGAAAGCUGAAGUGUGACAUUUGUGGAAUGAUCUGCAUCGGGCCUAAUGUUCUCAUGGUGCACAAACGCAGCCAUACAGGGGAAAGACCAUUUCAGUGUAACCAGUGUGGCGCCUCAUUCACCCAAAAAGGCAACCUGCUCCGCCACAUCAAGCUGCACUCAGGAGAGAAGCCGUUUAAAUGUCCCUUUUGCAGCUAUGCUUGUCGAAGAAGAGAUGCCCUUACUGGGCACUUACGCACGCAUGCAGUGUCCUCUCCAACCAUAGGGAAGCCAUAUAAAUGCAGCUUUUGCGGCCGUAGUUACAAGCAGCAAAGCACCCUGGAGGAACACCAGGAGCGCUGUCAUGGUUACCUACAAAGUCUGGAGUCACAACCAACAAACAGUGCUCAUAAUCUAGGAGAGGAGAUGAGAGAGCUAGAGUUUGUACCAGACUCUCUUCUGCAGCCGUCCUCAGACAAGAUGGCUUUUAUCGAUCGGCUCGCCAACAGCGUCACUAAACGCAAAAGAUCCACACCACAAAAAUUUGUAGGACAGAAGCACAUGCGCCUCAACAUUGCGGAUGCACCUUAUGACCUGACAGCUGGCCUGGAUAAAGGCGAGGACGUGCAAGCUGGGGACCUGGAAGAACCUCACUUCGCCAGCCUUGCGGAGUUCACAGCAGGUAAUGGAGGAGGAUUAUCAGAUGCCAUUAGGCCUCCACACCUUCCUCCCACUCAUCCAUCCUUUUUUAAAGAACUCCGGCCGAGCCUCAGCUCCCCUCACACCUCCAUUGCUCUGGGCCCGAGGUUGGAUUGCACGGGCACCGGAGUUGGGCUGGGAGCUGUUGUGGUCAGGGGGAGGGAGGCAGCAGAGGGUCACGAAGACCUUCCUGCUGGCCGAAGUCAUGCACCGUCGCCUAGCAAUGGUUUCCAGGACUCCACAGACACGGAAAGCAUGCCCGACGAGCCCUGCAACAGCACAGCCCCUGUCCCAACGUUGCCCAGUAACAACGGGCAUCAGCUCCUUCACUCCAGCAAACACAUCGCCAGACCUCCUCCCACCUCACACCACAGGAGUCGGGAGAGACGCAGCCCCAGCCGAGCGAAAGAUCGGGAGCUGGAAAAAGAAGACGGAGGACACCCAGCGUUUCCGCCUCCCGCCUCGGCUCCGACUUCCAGCUCGCCUACGGCACCUUCCUCUACCUCCAGGGAGGCUUUCCGGGUCGUAGAUGCAGAAGGGCGGGCUGUGCGGUCGUUCCGCUGCGAGCACUGCCGCGUGCUUUUCUUGGACCACGUCAUGUUUACCAUCCACAUGGGCUGCCACGGUUUCCGACAGCCUUUCGAGUGCAACAUUUGUGGUUACCGCAGCAAGGACAGAUACGAAUUUUCGUCGCACAUUGUCCGCGGCGAGCACAUUAUAGACUGAGGUUUAAUGCCUUCCGUGCAUACAGAGAUCCCCCUGCCCCCCUACCACUCAGACGAGGACCUGGCUUGGUUUGAUCUGCACAUGAGCUUGAAGGGGUCACCGAGGGCGAGAAGCCGCUCCUGAAUGUUUCAGAUCUUGGCACAAAAUUGUAAUAGGGUUUCUAGUUAUUUUAUGAGUGAUUUAAGUAUUUAAAGUACAUUUUCAUUAAAGUACAUUUUCAUAAAAGGUGUACCAAAGUGUAGAAGGACGAAAUGCAUUCUUUUAUCCACAGACGUGCCUUGCACCAAAUUUCAGGAUUCAGACUGCAUGCACAAAUUACAGUAGACAAAUCCUCAUCAGAAUUAACAUGGGAAAGGCUAUGGUGAAAUCCUUAAAGAAAUAAAUGCUUCAUUCGAAGUUUGUGCUUUUUCUUUAACGUUUUAUUAACACUGGAGGAAUCCUGUGCAGUUGCUUUAUUUCCAAAAGUACAACUCAAGCUCAAAACGAAGUCCAUGUUAGCUAAAGUAAAACAUUGGAAGGGGUUGUCCUUUAUAUUAUAUUAAAAACGCACUUUGGUUUUUACAAGCAGUGAAAUGAAGAGAUUCGUGUUUGUAUGUAUUGGUGUGUGUGAGAGAACGACCCCCAGGGGCCCUCAGUUUUGUUGUAAAAGUGAAUAAUGAAGGCCCUUGUGUUUGUCUGUCUAUGCCUUGAGGAAUAAUGUAUGAAUCUGUUUUCGUCUCUUGACUGUUUUGUUUGCACUGAUACCUGCCAGAAAUCUGAUUAUAUUAAAUUAUUUUAUAGAAAUA